UGACGAGCUCGGGGAUGUCUUAGGGCGCACGGCUCUGAAGAGCUGUUUGACGAACUCACUGGAUCCUCACACAAGUACUUGAUCCAAUGAACUUCAUCACACGACUGUCACUAGCGAAGGCAAAACCGUCUCUUCCCUGCGCUGAUGGAAUUGAAAAACAUGCCAUUGGGUUGCUUCAGGUCUAAAAAGAACUGUGUUCGGAUAUACAUCUAAAGAAGGAUAAUUUUUUUUUUGCUUUUUAGAAAGCGCAUUCAUGUACAAAUCAGAUUACCAGACAAAACCUGGAGAAACAGCUGUUUAAUUGUUUAACAAAGUCGAGGACAGAUAACAAGGAUGGCAAAUAAACCAUUUACAGCAAUAUUGUUGCUGAUAAUAGUACUUGGGAAUGUGGUCUUCGUAUCAGUAUCUGCACAGCAGAAUGAUCCAAAUCCAAAGCCGAUUUCCCACGCGGGUCCACCGCAUCUCUUAGGCGCUUCCGAGACUACACUGAAAACAGUUAAUGGAAAUGAUAAUCUAGGUUCCAAUAGUUCUAACUCGCUGGUGCCACAUCCUUACCCCAAAACCAUGAACCCGGGCAGACCGCGUCACGUAUAUCCACCUAUGUGUUCAGGACCGACUGAAAUAAAAGAUACUUUUAAAUACAUUAACACGGUUGUCUCCUGUCUGGUGUUUGUGGUUGGCAUAAUUGGCAACUCCACCUUGCUGAGAAUUAUCUACAAAAAUAAAUGCAUGAGGAAUGGACCAAAUAUCUUAAUUGCCAGCCUCGCCUUAGGGGAUCUCCUGCAUAUUGUAAUUGCUAUACCCAUCAACGUGUACAAGCUCCUAGCUGAAGAUUGGCCCUUUGGAGUCGAAAUGUGCAAACUCGUGCCAUUUAUUCAAAAAGCAUCAGUUGGGAUAACGGUCUUAAGUUUGUGUGCGCUUAGUAUUGACAGGUAUCGAGCCGUGGCUUCCUGGAGUCGUAUUAAAGGAAUCGGAGUUCCGAAGUGGACAGCCAUAGAGAUUUCACUGAUAUGGGUUAUAUCAGUCACCCUGGCCGUGCCGGAGGCUAUUGCGUUUGAUAUGAUUGCAAUGGAUUACAAAGGAGAGCAUCUACGAAUCUGCCUUUUACAUCCAAUGCAAAAAUCACAGUUCAUGCAGUUUUACAAGUCAGCUAAAGACUGGUGGCUGUUUAGUUUCUAUUUCUGCAUGCCACUGGCUUGCACUGCUGUUUUCUACACCUUAAUGACAUGUGAGAUGCUAAGAAAGAAAAAUGGGAUGCAGAUUGCUUUAAAUGAUCAUAUAAAACAGAGGCGAGAGGUGGCAAAGACAGUCUUUUGCUUAGUGCUGGUGUUUGCACUCUGUUGGUUACCAUUGCAUCUCAGUAGAAUAUUGAAAUUAACCAUUUAUGAUGAGAAAGAUCCCAACAGAUGUGAAUUACUGAGCUUCUUUCUUGUUCUGGACUACAUUGGCAUCAACAUGGCUUCGAUGAAUUCCUGCAUAAACCCAAUUGCUCUCUACAUGGUCAGCAAACGAUUCAAAAACUGCUUCAAGUCAUGUCUGGGUUGUUGGUGCCGGUCGAAAGAUAUGCUCCCCUUGGAUGAGAAGCAGUCGUGCUUGAAGUCUAAAGCUCAUGACCGUGCAUCUGAACAGAGCAACUCCCGGGCUAGCAACAAGUAUACCUCCUCCUAAUACACACCAGGAAUCACUGUGUAUACCGCCUCCUAAUACACAUCAGGAAUGUUUCAGGUUUUUCUUCUGUUCCGUGUCAAAUGUUGACACCUGUUGAUGAAGGCAUGAUUAUUUCAGUCUUGAACAUGUUUUUUUUUUCCCUCAAAAUAAUAAACGUUUAAAACAGGCACAAAUGCAUACCAUACAUGAAGGUACAUCACAAAGACACUUACUUACUUACAUUAUGAGUCUUCGAGAUAUUUUUUUCUUCAUGUACACUUUCAUUUUAAUUUAGUAAAAUUGUCUAAGGAAACUGAGACAAAACAUGGUUGUUUGUCUAUAAAAGCUGAAUCACGUCGGAAUCCAUAUACAGCUAUGGCCAAAAGUUUUGCAUCACCUAGGACUUUAGGAAUGAGACAUAAUUACAAAACUACAAAGCGGUAUGUAAUUCAGUAUGUUAACGUAACAUUAUUUAGCAGGUUUCAUUCAACUUUUAUAAGUUAAAAUUAGUUAAUUCUAUAGGGGGAUUCAAAACCUUUGGCCAUAGCUGUACAUUUCUAAGGAUUGAAGAUGUAUAGAAACUGAAGAUCCUAAAACCCCUGCUCGACCACUCAGUUCAUGAAGGGUUGUGACGGUAACAGAAUACAUCAAACCAAGGCUAGUAACACUCUUGGGAAUUUGCAAUUUAAAUUUGAGCAUUUCACUUCAAACUAAUUUUUAUGCACUUAUAAUUAUUUAGUUUCUAUACCUUUUAAUCUUAAACAAACUGAAAAAAGUAUGGGCCGGUCCUACAUUCUAAACAUUUUAGAUUUCUACAUAAAAAAUAAAAGCAAUUGUUACGGUACAUUGCCUGGUGCAGUGCUUAUGUAAUAGUCUUUAGAUUGUGUUACAAAAAUAUCAGAAUAUAUAUCAUUCGACUUUUGAUAUUAACGAUGUUGCUGUAGUCACUGACCUGUUGAUCACAUAACUGCAGUAUCAGUGAGUUUUCAGCACAUUUGUAUUGUCUGUUUGUGUUGCUUAAGAUUAAAAAGCAAGAAACACAUUUACACAUUGUAUUGCAUGAUGUUCUAGCAUUAUAUUGUUGUGCUUGCUUAACAUAAUUUUCAUACAUUUACUGAUUGAACUGUAUAUAUUGUGCAUAGCAUUAAACAGUUAAGUUGUUUUUGUAUAGUUAUAAUAUUGAUGUUAUUAAUAAUCAAUUUUCUUAUCCCUUAUAAUGACAAUUAAUUAAAAUUAACUCUAUGGCUGUAGAGUUAUACAUUCUAAUUGCUACUUGCUUAUACAGUUUUAUGCCGAAUAAAAAAAAAAGUUUUAAAAUGAAAA